AUGGCUGCAAACGCUUUCGAUGCUGUAGUCCUCGCUAUCCCACCAGUAGAUAGUUUGCCGUUCACAGGGACGGUGCAGGUCAAUCCGAGCAUUUCCUUUGCGCUCAGUAUAGGUGAUAAGGUCCAGACUCUAUCAACAACAAACGUCAGAAAUGGCGACGCCAUCCGAGGCUUGCUCUACGUCCCAGAGCUUGACUCCAAGGAUCCAUGCCAACAAACAACGGCUAGUUACAUACCGGCCAAUGUGACUCGCCUAUCUGAUCUUAAUGGUACAAGAAACUUUAUAGCCAUUGCUCCUUGGGUCUCUUCUGCAUGUACCAUAUCUUUCUUGGCAGUACAGUCCCGAAACCCUCCCGAAGCUGCGGUUUUUUAUCUUCCGGAUGCGUCGACUACUACCCCUCCUCCAGAUAAUCAUCCGGUCUGGGAUUUAGGAGACGAUGGCGCGUGGAAGAAUAUGAGUUUUUACCCCGUUUACGCGAUCCCUGGCUUAUACGGUGCCACUCUAAUGCACGCACUAAGUGAGUAUUCUGGGAAUUUAGCCGAUGCCCCCUUCGCAGAUGACCUUCUGAGGACAUUGCGGGGCGACGAGCUGAUUCGGGUAUCCUCAAAAAUUGCGCUAAAAAGUCCUAGCGAUGACCUCCCAAGCCUUUGGAUUUUCCUCUUGGCUGUCGUAGCGAUUCUAAUUUGUGUUGCUAUUCUUUUAUCCCUCGGCAUGCGGCUCAUUCAAACUCGCCAGCUGCGUUCCUUGGAAAGGAGAGUCGCAGCGGGAGAAGUUGAUCUGGAGAUCCUGGGUAUUAAGCGGCUGAACGUCCCGCAAGAUAUCCUGGAUAAAAUGCCCCUCUAUAUCUGCGAUGGGUCAAGUAGAAUUGAGCAUUUCAUACCUCCGACUGCGGAAACGAUGCUAGAACCCGAAGGACAUUCCAAAUUACCAUUAGAUAAGAAGAGUUUUCUUCAAGCUAUGUCGGAUUGGGUGUGGAUUUCACGGGUAUCACAAACCGUCUUUCCGCGUAAAUCACCAUCUCCAUCAUCGGCUCCGCCUCCACCAUCUCCAAGGUCGCAAACCACGACGUCUGAUAGCAACCAGCAACGCCAUGCUCAACCUACCUUUUCACAAACAACAUGUCCAAUCUGUCUAGACGACUACGAUUGGGGUGAAACCACAGUCCGCGAACUUCCAUGUCAGCACAUUUUUCAUCCCGAAUGUAUAGAUAAUUUCCUCUUGCAAAAUAGUAGCCUUUGUCCAGUUUGCAAAAAAAGCGUACUACCCCGUGGCUAUUGCCCCACAAAAAUAACCCGUGUUAUGGUACGUCAGGAACGACUCGCUCGAAGAAUUCGUCCAGUGCAAGCGCAAACGGCAGAAAAUGGUAACGCUGGCUAUCGCACGACAGAGCCCACUGCCUUGGGUAACGGAAACCAGUUGGCGCCGCUUGGGGCUGCCACUGAGCCUCGCGUUAGCAGUCUCCGAAAUUCCAUUGUUGAUGUGCUCAGGCAGACGAGAGCUAGCACCCACGCCACCGUGCCACCUCCUACAAGAGAUAGAUUCUCAAGGGAGCGACAGGAAGAAAUGCGUAGGAGAGCUAUGGCGAUGCUGGGUGAUCGACCUAUUAUUGCAGACGAGGAGAGAGCGCAGGACGCUUCUCGGUCAAAAUUGCUCAAGUUGCUUCAUCUAUUGUUUCCAGAAAUACGGUAG